GCGAAAGAAAAGGCACAACUGCCUUCUCAAUUUUUCCCGCGCGUUUUUUCUGGCACGUUUUUAGUUUAGAGUGAAUAUUUCGGAUUAGUCGCACGGCGGCUUCUUCGGAAUCCGCUGCGAUGGAUCCCGGUGUGUUAGACGACAUCGAUGCGAUGGUCAAGGAGCAGGAGAGAGUGGUCACGGCGAAGUUCCUCUCUCGCUCGCUGUCCUUGCCUCUGCGUCAAGCAAAAAGCGUGUUACAGGGUUACUGGUCGCAGCACAAGGAGGAGGUGGCUGCUGUAUGGGUGGUGUCGGGAUGGGUCGGUAGCGUGGAUGGGGGAAUCCCAGCAUCAGCAGCAACGCCAGCAGCAGCUGACGUGCCUACAUCGUCAGCAGCAGGAGGGACAGCAGGAGGGACAGCAGGAGGUGCAGGAACUGCUGUCCUUGGUCCUACACAACACGAAGGAGCAGAGCAGAUUGUGAAGGAGUUCCGUGUGCGCCUCGUUCCCUCUGCUCGCCUUUCUGAAACGCAGGAAGCAAUGGGUGGGGCGUCUGCCCAUAUCUACAGCGUUCAGCGGCGGCUACCGCGUGACCUUGCUGUUCUAUGUGCGGAUGAUGCUGUGCCAAGCAGAACAAGAGAGAGCAGGCUGAGUGCCGUCCAGCCCCCACCUAUCUGCCUGGAGACGCUUUCGAGACGUCCCCACCCUUCCGCCCACAUCACCGCUGCUUCCCCCAUGCCCUCCCGCUCUCCUGAUAUGGCUGCUGCUGGUGCUCCUGCUGCCGCUAAGCAUCCCAAGCGAGAGCCGAGCCACUCAGAGAGUAAGCCGGUGAAGCAAGAAAAUGUGCUGCCGAACCAGCAAGCGGGGCCACCAAAGCAGGGAUGCUCAGUGCGAGUGAAGCAAGAAGCUGCAGCGCUAGGAAAGACAGAAACUGGAAAUGUAGAUGCAACGAGAUUGAAACGAGAAUGGGGUGAUUCUGCUGAAGCUGCUGCUGCUGAUGCCACUGCCAGCGCAGCUGCUGCUACAGCUGUGAAACAGGAGCCGAGAGAUAGUUUGGGAGACAAGGGUGGCAGCAGGGGAGAGGGUAGAGGGGGAAAAAAUGCCGCUGCUUCUGCUGCUGCUGCUGGUGCCCCUCUUAAUGCUGGUAAGGGAAAGAAAGGCACCAUUAUGGGUAUGUGGAAGAGAUCAAAGCCGCAGGCAGAAGUGAAGUUAGAGGGAGGUUCGAUCAGCGAGGUGAAGCAGAGUGAGGGAGGGCAGGGGCAGCGAAAGGUUGUGAAAGAGGAGCCGGAUGGUGGUGGUGGAAAUGGUGCUGCUACUCUUGGUGUUGGUGGCGCUGCCAAUGCUGUUGGGGAUGGUGGCGGUCAUGGUGGUGAUGAUGAUGAUGAGGAGGAGGGAGUGGGGUUCUCUAGGAAGGCAGCUGGACUGCUUGGACGGGGAGGUGCAAAGAAGAAGCGGCGAUUUGCAGUGGAUGAUGACGAUGAGGAGGAGGAGGGGGGAGGAGAGGAGGGGUCGAAUGGGCAGACGAUUGAGCUGACCCAGAGGUCACGCGUUGUAGGGGAUGGUGAAGAUGGGGAGGGUGAGAAGGAGAGGGGCAGGGAGAUGGGGCAGGAGGAGGAGAGGGAGGUUGUUGAGAGGAAACAAGAGGGGAAGGAAAAGGAGGAGGAGGGUAAGCAGGAGGGAAUGGAAGAAGAUGGAAGAGAGGCAACGGAUAUUGGAGAGACGGCCGUAGAUGAAGGAGGGGGAAAUGGAGGGAAGUUGGCAAGGGAUGUGAGGCAACAUGAGGUGAAAGUGGAAGCUGUUGGGCAGGAUGAAAGCAGUAGAGGAGAGGAUGGCAGUGCUGGUGUUGGUGUUGGUGAUGCUGAGAGGGAGGGUAAGGAUGAAGAGGGAGGGAAGGGAGAAGCGCGUGUGAAAAAGGAGGCUGACUUACAGGGAGACGAGGAAGGAGGUGGUGAAGGAGGGCGGAAGAGAGGGAAGGAGGAGGGCGCUUGUAUUGAGACGGGCAGGGUUGGGCUCAAUAGGGCGUACAAGGACGGGAUGGGGGAGAAGGAGAAAAAGGUAGAAGUUGAGCAAGAACCAGUAGAGAAAGAAGCCUUUGGGGCAGAGUCUACCAGGCUGGUGAAGAAAGGGAGGAAAGGAGACGAGCAAGGGGGUCAGGGGGAUUCAGGAGAGGGGGAGGAGGAAGUGACUGGAGGAGGGCGGAAAAGAGCAAAGGAGGCUGCUUCAAGUAAGCCGCUUGGUGAUGAGCCGGAUGCAGCUGAAGUGCAGAAGGAGGAGGGAAAGGGAGAGAAGGAGAAGAGGAUAAAGAUGGAGGAUGGGAUUGAAGGGGAGUGUGUGGAGGGGAAGGGAGAGAAGGCGGAGGGGUUAAUGGUGGAGGAGAGGGAGGAGGUGAAAGUAGAGGUAGAGCCACCGGCAGCAGAGAAGGGAGCUUUUGGGGCCGAAUCCAUAAGGUUGAUGAAGAAAGGGCGGAAGGGAGUUGGGGAAGGGGGGCAGGAGGGGAGCAAGCGGAGGAAAGGUGGUCGUCAGGGGGGGAAUGAGGGGGACGAAAAAGAGGAGAAAGAGAAGGAGGAGACAGAGAAGGAGGAGACAGAAGAGGAGGGGUUGGCAGCUGUGGAGUGUGCCGUGAGGCUAAGGCCGAAAGUGGAGGCCGGUGGGGUGAAAGAGAGGGACAGUGGGGAGAGGCGGAUGGUGUGGAAGACUGAUAUUGAUGACAGAGGAAGAGAAGUCACCUGGCAGGUAGAAGUGGACGAGUUUGGGAAUGAAGUGGAAGAAGCCGCAGGGAAAGCAAGGGAAGGGGAUGGGGCGAUGCUGGGAGAGGAGCCAUGCAGCACACCAGAGGAGCCUGAAGUGCCGAAACAAAUCUCGAGCAGGCCUUCCGCCAAGCCCUCUGCAGCUGGCACCAAAGGAGGAAAGGGGCAGGGGAAGGGGGCAGAGAGAAGGGGGGGAGGGGGGCAGGGGAAGGGGGCAGAGAUAGGGGGAGGAGGGGGGCAGGGGAAGGGCACAGGUGCUGCUGGGGCAGCGAAAGGGGCGGCCAAGGGUGGUGGGAAGGCUGCUGGGAAAGGGGCGCCUAAGAAGGGACAGGGAAGCAUCAUGUCGUUUUUUCAGAAGCGGACUUGACGGAUGUGGUUCCUGCUGCACAAUGUUGAUGGAUAGGCCAAGCUUAAAGCGGUGGUGUUAGCUGACCUGACAUGUCUACAGCAGUAUCAAUUGUAUGUGGAAUUUGGGGAGCAUGUCUCAUGAGCCACCUUUUAUCUUGUUGCAUUGUGUAUGAUACA